UAACCUAAUUGUCGUCAUUCUCAGGUCAGCUCUUGUUCAAUUUUGUAAUCUUUGUCUCUCUGACAAGGGGAGGAGCGGCAGCCAUGGAACCACCGUCCUCCGCCGCCACCACCACCACCACCACCACCACCAAGUCCCGAAGCUACUGGCGGUGGAGCAAGCAAGACUUCUUCCCUGAGCCCUCCUUCCAGUCCGGCGAAUCCUACCGGACCGCCCUUGCCAACACCUGCCCCCGCCUGAAAGACCGCCUCCUGAACCGCUCCACCGACUCCCACGAGCUUCUCGUCCUCCCCCGCGCCAGCGAGAAUCCCUUAACCCCCUGCCUCACCUGGUGGGACCUCAUCUGGCUCGCCUUCGGCUCUGUCGUCGGCUCCGGCAUCUUCGUCGUCACCGGCCUGGAAGCCCGCUCCACCGCCGGCCCCUCCGUCGUCCUCUCCUACGCCAUCUCCGGCUUGUCCGCGCUCCUCUCCGCCUUCAUCUAUACCGAAUUCGCCACCGACGUCCCCGUCGCCGGCGGAUCGUUUUCCUUCCUCCGCAUCGAGCUCGGCGAUUUUCUCGCCUUCGUCGCCGCCGGGAACAUACUCCUUGAAGCCCUCGUCGGCGCCGCUGGCCUUGGCCGGUCAUGGUCCUCCUACUUCGCCUCCAUGGUGAAAAACGACCCGGAUUUCUUCCGGAUCAAAAUCGGAUCCUUCAAACAUGGAUUCAACCUCCUCGACCCCAUCGCCGUCGCGGUCCUCCUCAUCACCAACGGCAUCGCCGCCAGCGGCACCCGCAAAACCUCCGUGUUAACAUGGCUGAGCUCCAUCCUCACAACCCUCAUCAUCGCGUUCAUCAUCGUCGUCGGUUUCAUCCAUGGCAAACCCUCAAACCUGGUGCCGUUCUUCCCUUACGGCGGAAAGGGCGUUUUCAGCGCCGCCGCGGUGGUUUACUGGUCUUACACCGGUUUCGACAUGGUUGCAACCAUGGCUGAAGAAACCAAGAAACCUUCAAGAGAUAUUCCAAUUGGGCUAAUUGGUUCAAUGACCAUGAUCACUGUUAUCUACUGUUUGAUGGCUUUGUCUCUUGUUUCUAUGGUGAAUUACACUAUGAUUGAUCCUGAUGCUGCUUAUUCUGUUGCAUUUGUUCAAAUUGGAAUGGGUUGGGCUAAGUACCUUGUGAGUGUUUGUGCAUUGAAGGGAAUGACUACUAGUUUGCUUGUUGGAUCAAUGGGUCAAGCUAGGUACACGACGCAGAUCGCAAGAGCUCACAUGAUUCCUCCAUUUUUCGCGCUUGUUCACCCGAAAACCGGAACACCGGUAAAUGCUACAUUGUUAACCACUCUUUCUAGCUGUGUGAUUGCUUUGUUCUCGAGUUUAGAUGUUUUGUCUAGUGUUUUCUCUGUUAGCACACUCUUCAUUUUCAUGCUCAUGGCUGUUGCAUUGCUUGUGAGAAGGUACUAUGUGAGAGAGGAAACUUCAUUGAGUGAUUUGAGGAAGUUUCUUUUGUGCUUGAUUGUGAUUAUUGCUGCUUCUGUUGCUGCUUCUGCGCUUUGGGGAUAUGGUGUGGUUGGUCCGGUUGGUUACGCGGUGGCGGGUUCUGUUUGGUUUUUGGCUACAUUGGUGUUGAGUUUCCUUCCCAAGCAGAGGGCUGCGAAGGUUUGGGGUGUGCCUCUUGUUCCAUGGCUGCCUUCGUUGUCGAUUGGGACUAACCUUUUUCUGAUGGGGUCGUUGGGUUCUGAGGCUUUCUGGAGGUUCUUGGUCUGCACUGGUGUGAUGCUUCUGUAUUAUUUCUUUGUGGGUGUUCAUGCUACUUAUGAUGUGGAUCAUCAAAGUGGUCAAGAAGCAAAGAAUGGUGAGGGAAUGGGAGAUAACAAUCAGGGGGCACAGCAUGUUUCCUAGUUUGAUCUAUUUCGAUUUCUUUUUUUUUCUUUUUUUUUUUCUUGAUAGACAUCUAUUGAGAUUUGGUAUAUAUUCUUUCAAUUGCUGGGUUAGGAAGUUGGUUUAGCUUUUCCUGUUGUGGUUGAAUCUAUAUGAGAAUACAAUCCUUGUGUUUGAUGGGAAGCAACUACGCAGGGGUAGUCAAUUGUAGAGUUACCUUGCCCAUUCAUAAAAUGUGAUGGUAUACGAUUAAGAAAAAGCUCUCGAGUGAAAGUUUAUGUUUUCCCCAUUAUUUGCAAGUUUCUGGAUGAGAAAGUUUGUGUAUACCCUUGCUGAUCCAUCAAGUUGGUCUUGGUAUUGCUAAAGCCUAAAGCUCAGUCUCAGAACACACAACAACUUGUUUGGUUUCUAAUAAGUUUGACGGGAAAAAGUUCAAUUUAGAAGGAACCAGGAGAGAAAGAAACCCAUUUUGAUUGAAAAACAAACUGACUCUCUCUUUAUGAGGUCCAAUGGUUGGUCAUUAUUAGUAUAUGUUAAUAUGAUCCACUCAUUUCUCAA